AUGAACAGCAUCUACACCGCCGAGUUCGAUGAGAAUCACCCAUACCCUGUCACGGCCUAUACAAAUGCAUUGUGCACCUAUAUCCAUCAACUUGCUCUGGAUGACACUGGCGCUGUGGCAAAAGUAUGCAGUAAUAUCGAAAAGAGUUACGAGUAUUUCGUACGAAAAUCUUCAGAAGGUUCUUGGACAAAUGCAGAUAAAGCGGUCCAAGCUCUCAAAGAGCAAAAUGCAACAAAUGGCACUCUUAAAGCCAAGGUCAAACAACUUGAAUCGGAUAAAGAUAGAGCUGAUGCUAAGAUUGCCAAAUUGACCAAACGUGUACAAUUGAAAGAAGGAAUCCAGUUGACAGCUAACGGCAGAAUAUUCGCAAGCCAAAAAGUGGAGAAAAAUCGAGAUUAUGACGACUUGAAUAAGAAGAUCGAGAAGCUACAGGACAAUGUACGUCAAAUUUCAGAGAGAAACACCGAACUCCAGAUAUCAAAAAACUCGAUGGAAGCGGUAAAUGAGAAGCAAACAAAGAAAAUCAAACAGAUAGAAGCUGAAAGUACCAAGCUCAAAAAGGAGUUAAAACAGAAGGAGGAGAAGUUGAAAAAGACCUACAUAUCCAGUGAACGAAUGAGAUUCAAUUCUACUCAAUUGGAAAAGAAAAUAUAUGGUUUUAGUCAGAAAAUGGAAGCGAAGGUUUCAGAAAUUAACAAACUGAAAGAAAAAAUCGAUGAGAUGAAGACUCGAUGCCGGACAUACGCAGGUCAGCUUCAAAUUGCUACACAAGAAAAUUUCAACCUGGAGAAUCAACUCGAAAUCCUUUCUUUGUAUGAGCCAGCAUACAAGGAGGUACGAGUCGAGGAGCCCAGUGAUAAGCAAUCAGAGAAGGAACCACUAGUAAAGCAAGUCAAGGAAGACAACGAGCAGCUUAAAACGGAGGAGGAGGUCCAUAAGGAGAAAGCCAAAGAUUUUGUUGGAGAAAUCGACAAAAAUCCAAUAGAUCUCGAAUGCGAAGAAAAUCAAAUCGACUUCGAAGAUCUGAAACUAUGA